GGGAGGGAAAGAAGAGGGAGAGGGAGAGGAAGAGAGGGAGAGAGAGAGACGACCUGGCCCCCCCUCUCCGGAGCCCGUCCGGCAGCGGCGGUGGAAGGCACCGCAUCCCGAGGCCCUUCUUCCUUUGCGGGCCCUCCUCCUCCUCCUCCGGCAGCUCACAGCAGCCCUCGCUAGGCACAGCCUCACCCCCUCCUGGCACCUCUCCGCCGCAUCUCUGGGGGCGGGAACGCUUCGGGUGCGUGCGUCGGUUCGCCACGGAUCUGCUUGAAUAAAUUCGUCGGGAAUUUUAGCUUCAAAGUGUGAAGAAAGAUACAGUACUUCCCUGCCCACCGUAUGAAUGAACAGGAUGCUCACUAGAACCCCAAGUGUUGUUGCUCAAGUGUUCCUUCUUCUAAGCGUAAUUCUUGUCAUUGCUAUUGCAGUGAUUCAGAUAAAUCAGCGACAGGUCCUCUCCCCAGGGCUUAAGUAUGGAAUAGUCCUGGAUGCUGGAUCCUCUAGGACUACUGUCUACGUCUAUGAAUGGCCAGCAGAAAAAGAAAAUGACACGGGAGUAGUAACCCAAACCUUCAAGUGCAGUGUGAAAGGCCCUGGCAUAUCCAGCUAUGAGAGUAACCCUGGAGCUCUUGCCAAACCCUUUGAUGAGUGUCUGAAUAAAGUCAAGGAGAGAAUACCAGUUCAUCUGCAUAAAAACACUUCUGUUUAUCUGGGGGCUACAGCUGGCAUGAGACUACUGAGGAUGCAAAAUGAAACAGCAGCCAAUGAAGUCCUUGCAACCAUUCAAAACUACUUCGGAACACAGCCUUUUGAAUUUAGGGGUGCACAAAUCAUAACUGGGCCAGAGGAAGGGGUGUAUGGAUGGAUAACAGCCAACUAUUUAAUGGGCAAUUUCUUAGAGAGGAACCUUUGGAGGACAUGGGUUCAUCCGUACAGAAAAGAAACUGUGGGUGCACUGGAUCUUGGGGGAGCUUCUGCUCAAAUUUCAUUCAUUCCACAGGACACUCAGGAGAAUUUCAACAGCACCUUGCAAGUGAAGUUGUAUGGUUACAACUACAAUGUUUAUACUCACAGUUUCCAGUGCUAUGGGAGAGAUGAAGCUGAGAAAAAGUUUUUAGCACUGCUGCUCCAGAAAUCAAACACCAGUUCUCAUGUGGAUAAUCCAUGUUACCCUCAGAAUUAUAAUACUGCAUUAACAAUGAAGCACUUCUCUGGUAGCCUUUGUACACAGUCUGUGAGACCAGCAACUUAUUACCCAAACCAGCUUGUGAACUUCCAUGGAACUGGAGACCCAGGUCUGUGCCAGGAGAUGGUUUCUUUAUUGUUUAACUUCACUGCUUGCAGAGACAGAGGAGACUGCCCAUUUAAUGAAAUCCAUCAGCCAAAAGUUAAAGGGAAUUUUGUGGCUUUCUCAGGAUUCUACUAUACAAUUAAUGCUUUGAAUUUGUCUGGGCACUUCUCGCUAGCUGACUUCAAUUCAAGUAUGUGGUUUUUCUGUUCACAGAGCUGGGCACAGCUCCAGUUUAUGCUGCCUGAAUUUGAAGAAAAGUAUGCUAGAUCCUACUGUUUUUCAGCCAAUUUCAUUUAUUACUUGCUUGUACAUGGUUACCACUUUGAUGCAGAAACUUGGCCACAGAUACAUUUUCAAAAGGAGGUUGGUAACAGCAGUAUUGGAUGGUCACUUGGUUACAUGUUAAGCCUCACGAACAUGAUUCCAUCAGAAGGCAAACUCAUCCAGUUACCUCUGAAGCCUUCUUUGUUUGCUGGGCUCCUCAUCUUCCUCACAGCUACGGCGCUGCUGUGUUUUCUCUUCCUUGUUUACCUGUGUAUUGUAUCACGUAAGCAGAAGAACAUCAGUCCUGUGGAACAUGUAUUUAUUCAAGAAUGAAUGGAAGACCAAACAAAAAUUUUAUAGUACUAUUAAAUUAAGUAGGAGCUUAAUUUUGAAAAAUGAAGGGUGAAUCAAAGACCGGCAAAAAGACUUCAGAACCAGAAGCAUAAAUAGAGAAGACACAAGACACAAAGGAAUCUAUUAUAAGGUGAAUUGGAGCUCUUCUGAAAUAUUUUGACAAUUGUUUCUGUAAAACUAGUUUGUCCAGUUUGCAGCAGAGAAAAUGUAGGCAGAUGUGUCACUUUUUAAUACAGGCUUAAUAGCCUUUUUCUGUCAGGUACGUAUUACUGGUUUUCUGUUCAUUAACUCUGUGCUAACUGGUAAACUGAGGUGGUGAUAGAUUUGAUCAUGGUGGCAGUUCUUCAACCUAAAAUUAAACAAGUCAGUGGGAAUAGUAGGAGGUAGGAAUAGAGAACUAAAAGCCUCCAAAGAAUCUUAAUUUCUGAAAAUGAGACAAAGACUGAGUAAUGAUAGGAACUGAAAGGAACAGCUGGGAUAGAAUUGUUUUUAUUGCUGUUCUGAACUGAUUGAUCUCCACUGCAUAAAGGUGUAAUAAACUGCCAGCACCUCUCAGGAUUUUAAAGCCUGUUUUUGAAGCAUGUCUCACAGUCACCUCCAGAAGCCACUGGAUUUCUCAGUGUCCUUUUCUCCAUCUUUAACAUAAAUACUUGUUUGUAAAUUCUCGUACUGAAUCACUGACAUCCAUGUAUUCCCCACGUGUGGUUGAACUCAGGCAGACACAGUCAGUACUGACUUGUCAUGUACAUAUAUUAUUUCAACUGUCUGGAUAGAGUCUCAGACCUCUGAAGCAUUAACAUGUUAAGCCCUUCAUCCAAAGCGAAGAGGAAGAGAAGCCAGCCUGCAGGCCACUGGGACACCCUUUCUGUAGUGGAUUUAAGAACACGAUGCUGGAGCUGCAGUCAUGGCAGCAGCAGUGCCUUGCUCAGCCUUUCCACUCUCCUGGCCUCACUGGUCUGCAGCAGCACUGGGAACAGGAAUGGACAACUCUCCAUGGGACUCCUCUACGUGGCCAGCUUUAUGUGGGACAACUCUGCACAGGCUGGCACCUGCUUGUCAGUGCUCCCUGGUACACAGAGCAGGGACAUAUUCAACAUAUGUUGCUAACAAGCUGUAGCCUGUGAGGCUGCCCCAGCAGUGGUUUCCACACAGCGGUGUUGCACGUAAGAGAUGUGCUUGUUGGUGCAAACACUCAAAGGUUAACACUGUACUAUGAAUUCAAAAAGCAUCCCAGCUUCAUCUAUUCCCUGAUUAGGUUGUGACCUAGGAUAACAGAGGCACGUAUUCUUACCCAUAAAUAAUAUUUUCAAUUUCUGUCUUUUGUUUCUGUAUCAUCCUCUUACUUUCAUAUUUUGUUGUGGGAUUGGGGUUUUGGUUUUGUUUUUUUUUUUUUUUUACAGGUUGACAAAUAAUUUGAGAGAAACUAAUUAUCUUUUUAAAUGUAGAAAAAAAUAGUGAUUUUCCAAGAGGAUCAGUAGUGAGGGCUAUGCCCCUUCUCUAUUACAGCUAUUAUGUCCUGUCAGUAUUGCUGGAGUAGCAGUACUUAAAAUAAGGCAGAAGGUAUAAUGAGAUGACGUAGUGCUCUGUGGCACUGAGCUUACAUCUGAUAAAACACAAAAUUUAUUUCAAAAUGCAUGGACAUUACAGAGGCUGGCAUGAGAUAAAAGCUUUAUCUUUUGGAGAUGGAUCUGGGACUGCAGUUAAGGGUAAAUAAAAAAGAGAGACAGUUGGAUGAAAGC